UCAGAUACGUUUUAUUCGAGCCAACAAAGUUUUGUUUUUCUUAAUCUUCUCGUAAGAUUGAUAGCAUCACGGUGAGCUUGCUCAUUUUCUGGAAUGCUGAAAGUCAUAUGAGAUGCAUAUAUUUUUGUGCUUACGAGGCUUAGAUCAGUUUCUUAGGAUCUUAAUUAUUUGUUUUCUUCCUCACAAACAGGUCCAAGAUGUGGAUUUUGAAUUCCACGCUAAAUAUUUGAAAGUGCAUAUUUUUGUAAAUAAAGGAUAGAAAUAACUAGGGUACAAACUCAAAAGAACAACACCGAUAUAAUUAAAUAUAAAUUAAAAAUGAAUUAAUAUAGAUAUUAUCGAAUUACAAGAUCAAUAAAUGUAAACAAUAAUGUAAGCAAGAGAAAGAGAGGUCGAUGAAUGUUUAUGACACUUUAUGUGCGAUCCCAAUGUCUAAUGUGCGUGUGUGUGUGUUGAUGAACGUCAUAUCCUCUCGCCUUCCUUCUACAUGUUUCUGCCAAAUCCGGGACCCAAUUGUGCGAGACCGAUUCUUGUGCCUUCAUCUACCUCGUGUUCUACUUCAUCUCUUCAUUCCCUCAAUAUUUUGCUAUCCCAAAAAUUCGUAACUAGACCUACUAUUUUGCGGCUCAUCUCCUUAGGAUCUUGUGAUGAUGUCAGAUUUCGUCCAACAACUAUAUUAGAUUUUAUUAGUUUCACAAAGAGAAACUGAUGAAUAAAAAUUGAAUUGUAUAUAACAAAAAAUGUAAUAAACUAUUCCAAAUUUUAUUUAAUAUAAAUUAUGUUUAAGUUAGCGAUCACUUGAACUAUACUCCCUCCGUUCCUUAAUGAUAGACUUUCUAGAAAAAACAUUUGUUUAAGAAUGAUGUAUUUUUGUGUUUUCUAUGAAAAAAAUGUAAAUUUCAAGAAAAUUAAUUGUCUUUAUUGAAUUACUAUCGGUUAAAAGUUAUUGAAAAUUGAAAAUUACAGAAAACGAUACAUGAUAGUUUAGUGUGUUUUCUUAAUAUAUGUGAAAAUUCUAAAAAAUCUAUCUUUUAAGAACGGAGGACUAUGUAUGACCAAAAAUAAACAAUGUAGUUAUAAUAAUUUUCAUAUUAUAUAAAAUAUAAAAUUAUUUUUAAAUAUAAAAAAUCCUAAUAUUAUCAUGAUAUCAAUUUUGUCAAACUAAACUAGCAAAUAAUUUUAAAUAAUGAACAUGAGCGUAAGCCGGGUAUAACGUUACUUUAUUUUUGAAUAGUUAUAUCACGUAAUUAAAAAGUUUUAAAAUCCCCAACUUAAAUAUUCUUCCAACUGAGUUCCGAUAUUUGCUGUAACGAUAUGGAAUGGAACUAGUUGUCAAACGAAGAAAAAUUCAAAAAGUUUUUUUUCUUUAUUUAAAAAACAACUCGCAACAAGAAUUUGUUUAUUAGAGAAAAAAAACAAAUUAAGUUGUACCUAGGACUUAUCGUUUAUUCUCUCUAACAAUCCAAGAGUCUCUGAGAGAUCUUAUCUGUUUUACAGUUACUGUUUGUCCCAGCGCCGGCACUGGCCACAAUUGUCAUCAGCAUUGAAACUUGUCCAUGAGAAACGAUGAAAGUAUAUGAGUCUAUGAACAUGGAGGAAAUUCACGAACAGAUCCAUUAAAAGAGGACUUUUGAGAUAAGACGUUAUUAUUAGAGAUGAAUUUCACAGAAUCAAUGAACGUUGUGCACAACAGAAUCCAACAACUCGAACCAGAAAAUGCUUCGAAAAUCAUUGGUUAUCUCUUGUUGAUGCAAGAACAUGGCGACCGGGACAUGAUCCGUCUCGCCUUCUGCCCUGAUUCUGUGAUGCGUUCCAUGAUCAACUUCGUUAAAUGCGAACUAGCUAAAGAUCCUCGUUACCACAGCCCUCCUUCUGAUCACCUCCCUAUUCGUAAUAGUUUCGGAACCUUCGCCGGUUCAUCAAUCCAGCCUCACUCGGCAUCGGUUUCUCCUCCUUUGAGAACCGGUGUUUGGGAGAAUUCAACUGAGGUUGAUUCACUCCAGUUCUUGAACUUUGACGAUUCAAUGACGAGCCCUGAGUUCUCUAGUGGCUUCUUCUCUCGGGAUCACCAAUGUCUGCCUUUGAGAACGAGCAGGAGAUCACCGAGUUUACCCGAGUUCCCGGUGAAAAUAUGUCACUACUUCAGCAAAGGGCACUGCAAGCACGGCAACAAUUGCCGCUACUUCCACGGGCAGAUCAUACCGGAGAGAGAGAGUUUCUCUCAGAUGUUUAAUCCAAACAACGUAAGUGAUGAAGAGCACGUUGUUUCUCCUGGAUCACUAGAGAAGCUUGAAGGAGAGAUCAUCGAACUGCUGAAAUCAAGAAGAGGCGCUCCAAUUUCCAUAGCUUCGUUGCCAAUGAUGUACUUCGAAAAAUACGGUAGGACCCUUCAAGCUGAAGGAUAUCUCACAGAGUCACAAAGACAUGGCAAAGCUGGCUAUAGCCUCACCAAGCUUCUUGCUCGCUUGAAGAACACCAUCCGUCUCAUCGACAGGCCUCAUGGGCAGCACUCGGUUAUAUUAGCAGAAGAUGUACCAAAGUUUGUGGAAUACUUGGAAGAGAGAAACGAACACGGAGCGAUCCUUGCUGGUUCCAAACAGAUUUACCUGACAUUCCCAGCAGAGAGUAGUUUCACCGAGCAUGAUGUCUCAAACUACUUCUCCAAGUUUGGACUCGUGGAAGAUGUGAGGAUUCCUUGUCAACAGAAGAGAAUGUUUGGAUUCGUAACAUUUGUUUACACCGAAACCGUCAAACACAUUCUUGCUAAAGGCAAUCCUCAUUUCAUCUGUGGGGCUCGUGUUCUCGUCAAGCCUUACCGGGAAAAAUCACGCUCUAGUCGAUAUCUUGACAAUAACAAGCCUCUUCACGGGAUGCGGUAUGGCUCCCAAUACAUCGACAGAGACAUGGAGAUGAACACAUUGCCAGCGCGUGUAAGUGAGAGCUCAAGACUAAUGAGAAAGCAGUUUCUUGAGGAACAUGAGCAAUCGGUUUCAAAGUCCUUGCCUACUAAUUACUCCUAUCUCGGCUUCUCCGAUGACUUUAAACUAACUGCAGAUGGUAAUUAUAUAGCGGAGCUAGAGGAACAAGCAGGACGGUUGAGCUAUCUGCUGGAGUAUUUGAACACCGAAGACAACGUCCUGAACAUAUCCACUAACUACAAAGACACUGAUCGGAGAAUCCAUUGUGAACCUAUGGACAACCAAGUCUUGAAUCUACCAGAGAGUCCGUUUUCUUCCCUUUCUGGGAAGGAGAUUUCGACAGUUACGUAGAGAUGAAGAGAUUAAUACCUAACCAAAAGAGAGAAGAGAAGAUAGGAGCAUAAAGGUUAGAGGAAAUUUCACAAAGAUCAAAUAAUCAUCAGUCAGCAAAAAAAGAGUUUUUUUUUUAAUAACGUUCUUGCAUGGCAACUUUAGAAUCUUCAGCAAUAACAACCAAAGAGAAAAAGAGGUUGCUUCAACAACAUGAGCCAAGCAGCUUGAGACAAUUAAAGUAAAAGUGGUUAUAAUAAUAAUUCAAAACUUCAUAAAAUGUUUAAUUUGCCUGUUCUCUCUUAUCAACUUUAUUAUGCUGAUAGAUCGUAUCCCAUUGUACAUUAUGAUAAUCAUUCUAGUUUUAAGAAACAAUGUUUAACGUAUGUGGCUAGCUAGUUUCUACAAAUUUUAGAAAUUGUCUCCAUCAGUGAACGUAGCUCUCGUCCAUAUGAUUAUCUGAAAUUUAUGAUAAAUAUAUGUAUAAGAAAUUCCCUUAGAUAGAUAGCCCCUUUUUGUUUAUUUUCACAAAAAUAGACAUCAAAGUAUGAAAAUGACCAAAAAAGUUUUAUUGAAAGGUAAAUAUGCAUUUAUACCCUUAGGGUUAACUAAAUCUAAAACUUAGAGUUUUUAAGGGUUUGAGUAUUGGAGAUGAGUUCAAAAUUUUAAAAUAAAAAAUAAAUAGUAUUUCAAAAUAAAUUAAAAAGCUAUUUUGAUUAUUUUAUUUUUUGAAGGCUAUUUUUAUGACAAAAACUUAAAAUGGACUAUUUGAGAGAAUUGAUUUGUAUGUAUUGUGCAUUGAAUUAGAGAGAUCAAACAUAAAUAUUAGAUUUUCUCCUUA